AUGGAAAGUUGUCCUUGCUGCGAAAGGGCAUGGACUAAACAAGAAGAUGAUCGCCUCUUUAACCACAUUCAAGCCCACGGUGAAGCUCACUGGAAAUCUGUCCCCAAGACCACAGGUCUGCUGAGAUGUGGGAAGAACUGCAAGCUAAGGUGGAUGAACUAUUUGCUUCCAGAUCUCAAGCCGUGGAAUAUCUCUGAAGAUGAGGAACAACUCAUCAUUAAGCUUCACGCCCUCCUGGGAAACAGAUGGUCUCUAAUAGCAGGGAGAUUGCCGGGUCGAACAGGAAACGAAAUAAGGAAUUUCUGGAACACCCACAUCAGCAGAAAAUUGGUGAGCCAGGGAAUCGAUCCCAUAUCUCAUCGCCCCAUUCAUUGUGUUGAUAACGAGAGCAGCAGCAGCAGUAACAGUGAGCCCCUCAACCAUGAAAUUCAGACGGUAGAUUUCUUCAAACAUGGCGGCGUACGGAUGAGUGGAGAUUUUGAGGGUGGGGCUUCAAACGCUGACAGCAAAAAUGAAGAGCCACCGGAUGUAAAUCUUGAUUUGUCAAUGAGCUUGCCUUGUUACAGCAGAGAAACAGUUGAUUUGGAGGACUUGUCUAAAUGAAGCAGGGUGUUGAUAAUAUCGUUUUGAUGAUGGAUUAGAGAGUGUGAUCUAAAAUAUUAAUGCUAUUCGAAAACAUAAUCAUAUUGAGAAAAUAUUCUUUAAGUAUAUUUAUAUGUUGUAAUGUGAUUUGAACUUUUGGAUUUA